UUUACUUUGAAUUUAGCGGGCGGGGGAACGCGGCCCAUGCAAAAUGGCUACCAAAAAGAAACUAGUGCAAAACUUUGAGCAUGACAAGAAAAGGUAGACAGGAAAGACUGAAUCAAAUUUAAGAGUGCUGUUUUGGUCGAAGUCUAAGCUAGAAAACAAUCCGUCAAUGGUAUCGUUGUACAUUUAUGUUGUUUUUGCUUUUGCUACGCUUCAAGUAUUAGCUGACAUUUUUCUGUCAUGGAGAACAGCUCUGUUUACAUUCGAGAAAGAGGCAGCCUUCAUCGUGUCGGUGACAUCAUUCUAGCACAGCCAAAGCCAGCAUCGUCAUGCAGGAGGACAAACCCGUUUGUGCUGAGAAAAGAGCAUUUUAUGUUCACCUACAAUGAAGAGGGAAGCCUCAGAUACACCACCAAAUCUCUGUUUGACAUCACUCUACUGUUUGUAGCUGACAACAUCCAACAUGUGGACUCCUUGGUUGGCUUCCCAGAGCAAAUAGGUGACAGACUUUUUGCAGCAGUAGAGGAGAAUCGUAUAUUUCUAAACCCAGACAUUUCCCAGAAAGCCCUAAAGUUAUUCAGUGACGCCUAUGGGGUCAUGGUGCUUGAGUCACUCUGUCUACGAAAUAGAUUUCCACUCCUGCAUGAGCGGAUGGAUGAAAUAAAAACAUUUCAUAGAUUGAAGUCUCUGGAUUUGUUUGGCUGCAGACUGGGAGACAAUCAUGAAUUAUUCCAGCAUCUAACAUCCACAUCUUUGGCAUAUAGCCUGAUCCAGCUGUUCAUCGGUGGGAAUAAUGUGACAGAUGUUGGCCUGCAAAGACUGACUGCACCUAUCCGGAUGAUGCAAAAGGGACUGGACCACCUGCAGCUCCUGGAUGUUUCAUACAAUCCCAUCUCAGAGAGGGCACUCGGAUACCUCAAAUGUCUGCCAAUGCUUGUAAAACUAGAUGCAUCUGGGACCAAUAUGAAGUUUGGCACAAGACUGAAGACCACCAUAUGGAACCUGUUGGGACUAGUUCAUUCUGAAAACCCACUGGACUCCUUUGAUCACUCAGGGUGUAAAACUGAAGGCUGGGCAGAGCAGGUUGUAAAUCAGUGGGAAACAAAUGGCUCACAAGUGCCAAAACAAAAGAAAAUGGAAGAGUCGAGGGCAUCAGCGCUUCGCUUCUUUGGGAGGCAGAAGUUUGUCAGAGAUGUAAUGAAUGCAGCACCGCCGAUGGGUGGCAGUGUGAAAGACUCGGUCAUAGAGAAACUACACUUUUACAAACCUGCAGCAAACAACCACAGGAAAGACAAACUGGUCCCUCCUUUAAUAAAUCAUCAAGUUGCGUCUCCCGGCCUCAACCUCAAAAAACGGAAACAAGAGUCAAGCAGUUGUGAUGCUGCGCUCCAAAGCCCUCCGACUAAGUGUUUGUCCUCAUCAGCUUUUACUGCAGAGGACCUGGACCUGUUGAACAGCUAUUAAAAAAGAGAACAACUCCAGCAGCAUUCCAGAAAGUUAAGAGUGACAGUAAACAUCCUGACUCAGGAACUAUGACCAUUUGUUGUUCAUUUCCUGAACUGUGGAAACUGUUUUUGUAGUAUGAACAUUUGUUUUUGUUAAUAAAUCUUUGUGUUUUGCAAGUUUCUA